AUAUUGAUUCUCAUCGAUUGUCAUUAAGUGUGGUUUUUAUAAAAUGGUGAAUCUAUUGCACCCCGUGUUGUGUAUUGAAAAUUGAAUAGACAAAAAGUAAAUAACGUGUAUUAAAUUAAUUAGUUAAUAACGUUAUUGUAUCUUGGAUCCUUAACAAGGUCCUUAAAGCUUAAUAAAUGUAAUUAAAAAUGGCGCGAUUAUAACAAAUGUGCUUCGAGGACAGUUUUGAGGACGGACGGCGUUUUUUGGACUGUUAUUAUUUCUGGUGAUUGUGAAGUGGUGUGAAAUUAUUUUAAAUUGAAGGAGUUAAAUAGUUUCUGAAAUUAAUAUACAGGGUGAUUGAUAAAAGUUGUAAAUGAGGUAUAUACGACAAGAUAAAACAAGUGCUAAAAGAUACUUUGGAAUGUUUUCAAAUUCACAUUUCUCAGGUAAUGCAAACGGUUAGUUCGUCGAAAUUAACGUCACAAUGGACACCAAUACGCCGCCGCAAUCUUUAAUCAACGAAUACACGGAAGUCUACAGUCGACUUCCUCUAAAAACCCAAUUGAUCUACGGUUCCGGACACGUCCUCAACGACGUCUGCGCGUCGAUGUGGUUCACCUAUCUCCUGGUUUUCUUCCAAUACGUAUUAGAAUUCGACAACGUCCAAACUGGUUUGCUGCUACUCAUAGGGCAAAUAGCCGACGCCAUAUCGACCCCGUUCGUCGGCUACAACUCCGACAAAUCGGAAGGUUCGUGCAUAACUCGGUACGGCAAACGAAAAACCUGGCACCUGAUCGGCACCGGUUGCGUCCUCGGCGCCUUCCCCUUCAUCUUCUCCAGCUGCGUCGGUUGUUCGCGCGACCGCGAUUCGGCCGAACUCUUCUACUACAGCAUGUUCGUGAUUAUCUUCCAAUUCGGCUGGGCCUCGGUGCAGAUAUCCCAUUUGUCCUUGAUACCCGAGUUGACGCCGAACGAACGCGAUCGCACCAAAUUAACCGCCGUUCGGUACUCCUUCACCGUCAUGUCGAACGUUUUGGUUUACGUAAUCGCGUGGCUGGUGUUGCGUAUUAACGAAUCGUCGAAAAUAGGUCCGGGGGACGAAUCGAAGUUCGAGCACGUCGUUUGGUCGGUGUUGAUCGUCGGUGCGACGUGCACGGCGGUGUUUCAAACUUACAUCAACGAGGCGGAUAACGGCGCCGGCGUCGACGUUAGAGGUGGACAAAUCCGAUCCACUAUUGGCGAUUUGUUCAAAACUAUCGAGAUUUAUAGGAUAGCCGUGGUGUAUAUGUCGUCUAGAUUGUUUAUUAAUUUGUCUCAAGUGUUUAUUCCUUUGUAUUUACACGAAUCUCUCGAUAUGAACGCCAGUUCGUUGGCUUUGGUACCUCUGGUUAUGUAUGUAGGUAGUUUCGUGACGUCUUUGCUCGUGGAAACCGUCAACGGAGUUUUCGGAAGGAGUUCCACGUAUACUUUGGGUAGUUUUUUCGGUACGAUCGCCGCUGUUUGGAUCAAAUUCGGGUACGGCGACGAUUAUUCGACGUAUUUCAUUUACGUCAUAGCCGUGAUCCUCGGCGCCGCCGGUUCUAUCGUUUUGGUGACUAGUAUAGGGAUUACGACCGAUUUUAUAGGGGAAGAUACUCAUAAUGGGGCUUUCGUUUUCGGGGUUAUGAGUUUUACUGAUAAAUUAUCGAACGGCUUAGCGGUUAUCGUUAUUCAGUAUUUCCAUAGCGGUAUUUCCGAUAAAUAUUUUUAUAGGGACGUUUUGACUUAUAUUUGCGGAGGGUCCGUCAUAUGCGGCGCCGUGGCGGUCCUUUUCGGUACCUGCGGUAUACGUAGAUCGUACGAAAGGAUCCCCGAAAUUGUCGCUUGAAGAAUCUCGUCGUUUCCGAGGCUGAUUCGAAAAUAAACCGAAAUUAUUAAGUUGCAGACCUGAAAUUUUCGUACUUUUACCGCCUCCCCCGAUGCCUUUUUCGUUAAAAUAUCUCUACUUAUCACGGGAUUAUUCUAUAUUCGAAUCGCAGUCUUCGUCAAUUCACGCGAGGCCGCCCCUGGCUACGUCUGAACAACACGGGCCAGGCCGACGCUAGCUUGUCUGCAGGACCGGUGUUGGCUUCAUGUUUAUUCGAAAGUUUCGCUUUAUAUUCAAACCACCCUCGUAAUAAACGAAAUAUUUACGUUUAAAUUAAUUUUUGCGGUCUUGAUUUAUAUUUUCCGAAAUUUUUUUAAGUUGCAGACCUGAAAUUUUCGUACUUUUACCGCCUCCCCCGAUGCCUUUUUCGUUAAAAUAUCUCUACUUAUCACGGGAUUAUUCUAUAUUCGAAUCGCAGUCUUCGUCAAUUCACACGAGGCCGCCCCUGGCUACGUCUGAACAACACGGGCCAGGCCGACGCUGGCUUGUCUGCAGGACCGGUGUUGGCUUCAUGUUUAUUCGAAAGUUUUCGCGUUAUAUUCAAACCACUCUCGUAAUAAACGAAAUAUUUACGUUUAAAUUAAUUUUUGCGGUCUUGAUUUAUAUUUCCCGAAAUUUUUUUAAGUUGCAGACCUGAAAUUUUCGUACUUUUACCGCCUUCCCCGAUGCCUUUUUCGUUAAACUAUCUCUACUUAUCACGGGAUUAUUCUAUAUUCGAAUCGCAGUCUUCGUCAAUUCACGCGAGGCCGCCCCUGGCUACGUCUGAACAACACGGACCAGGCCGACGCUGGCUUGUCUGCAGGACCGGUGUUGGCUUCAUGUUUAUUCGAAAGUUUUCGCGUUAUAUUCAAACCACUCUCGUAAUAAACGAAAUAUUUACGUUUAAAUUAAUUUUUGCGGUCUUGAUUUAUAUUUCCCGAAAUUUUUAAUUCUCGAAUUGAUACAGGGUGAUUAAUGAAGUGGAAAUUAGACGUUUUCUAGAGGAAUUCACUCAUAAAACUUAUUUUUAUUAUGAAAAUUUACGAUUUUGCUACUCCAAAUCGAUUAUCUAAUUAAAUGUAUAUACAAGGUGCGAUCGAAAAGUUUAAUCACAAUGCAGAAGUAAACUUUAGUUCAUUUUUCAAGUUUCUGUGGUUUACAAUUGCAAAUUUUCGUCCGUGUUCGAGAUUAAAUGACAUCCAGGCACUUUUUUUAUCUUCAACUGUCCCAUUUCUACUUGUGAAUCUCAAAUAUCGCUUAUAAUCGUAGACAAAUUUUUUUUUUGGGUACUUUUUUUAAUUUUUACAAAGACUAUGUACCUCGUAGUAUCGUAUUUUCUUAUAAAAAGUGAAUAUACAAGGGAAUAAAUACGUACCCUUAAAACUUUGUUAAACGAAUCACUCUAUAUGAUUUGACGUAAUAUAUUGCUUAAUAAAAAUUAAUACAAAUGAAAAACCCUGUAUAAAUCGUAAUAUGUAGAGUCAAAUAAGUCAUAAGUCAAAUUUAUGUACUAGACAUAAAAAAAUUCAUAAAAACAAAUCAGCUCGUGCAAAAAUUUAUGAUCCACCCUGUAUAACCGAAAAUGCUUAAUGCCUGAAAUUAUUUAGAUCGAUAUGAAAAUUUCAUACGAUAAAUUUAAUCGGAGAAAGUUUUUCCUUAACGUCCAAUCAAUAACUAAUCACCCUGUAUUUAUUAUUAUAUUUAGAACAAAGAAAAUAUUGUGAUUUUAUACGAGGUGUAACACUGUAAACUUACAUUAAUUUUUUUUGGUCUAUUUUCUAAAUUUCUGCAUUAAAAGGACCACCCUAUAUUCAAUUUUUUUCCAUAAAUUGGAAAAUAAUUAAAAUAGUUUAACACAAUUUACCUAGAUCCGGACCUGUAAUUUAUUCACAAAUUAUUUGAUGGAAGCCAAUUGACUACCGAAAAUUUCAAAUAAGCUAUUUUCGUUAUACUCUCGAUAAUUUUAUAUAUUUUUAAACAAAUUUUUAUAUUAACUAUGCCUAGUUUGUAAAAAUAAAAAAAAAUCAUGCGGAAUACUAAUGUAAAGAAUAUUGUUUUUUGUUGGGCAAUAUCGUAAACAAAAAAGGAAACUAUCAUUAUGACAUUAUACCAUACGUUCCGCUACCUCAUAGUAGAUGUCGCGACUAUCAGUAUAUAUAUUUAUAUAAGUUUAGUACAUUGAAAUUUUUUAUUCGACAAUUUAAACAUUAAAAUGAACGUAGAAUUGAAUAUUUAGAAUACAGGUGUUUUUAAUUUUUUUUAAUAGCAGCUGAAAUUAUUUCUAAAAAUUCAUUUAUAUACAAAUCUAACCUAAAAACCUUUUUAUAUUUACUAUUUUCUAAAUGUGAUAAAGUAUAUUGUAUACUCAUUGAUUGUGAUUGUUAGAAAAAUAAAAAUGUGAAGAUUA